AUGGCGAAGAAUUACAGGCCCAUCAGCCAGAAUGUCUGCCGGCGGAUAGCCUUGGGAGCGUUCCUAGAUAUCGAGAGUGCGUUUAACAACGCCACGUUUGUGGGAGUGUGUGUAUGUGAUUCGUUUCUUGUAAACACGGUACGUUUUAUUUGCGGUUGCGCAAAAACAAAACAGCUGUUAUUGAUUGUUACUUACAUCGAACGUGUAAAUGGAUUAAUUAAUACGUUCAUCAAUUUUGAGAAGGCAAGGGAUUUAUUGGGUUAUUUUCUGUCGGUCACACGUGACCUUUACAGUUUUUACGUACAUAUUCGGAUUUGCACCUGCUGCGCAAUAUUGUUUAAUAUAAAGCAAGAAAAAGGCCGAUGGAAAUCGAAAGAUGUGCAAGAGGCGCCGGGUCCCCUUAACAAUAAAUUGGAGGUGUACGCUGUCGCUAUAAAAAUAGGUUCGUGGGAAUUAAUAAUGGAUAAAGAGUCCAGAGAUAAACCGUUAAUGGAACGAAGCUCAUGUUCUACGACUCUUGUAAGGAACAAGCACAUCGACAAGUUGAUGCUCCUUCGUAAUGGAAAUUGUGUCGAGUUCAAUCGUGAUAUAUCUACUAACACGAUAAGUUAAAUAUGUAAUCUCCAUUGAAUGAGAGAUUUGUAUAUUUACAAGAUGCUAAUACAUGUACCUGUGUAGAAACACGAGCACGUGAGACAUUGUUAGACACGUAUCUCGUUCUGUUUGAUGGGUGCACCGUAGUAUGUAAACGAUGACGUCGCUAACAAAGUUACACAAAGAUUGUCAAAAAAAAUUUGUAUCCUGAUAAUUAAACGAUUAUCCUAUUCGUCA